AUGACAAUCGAAACUGAAAAAAUUACUAUUGGCGAUUAUAUUUUUAAAAGAUUAUCACAAGUCACCAAAAGUGUAUUUGGUGUCCCAGGCGACUAUAAUUUAAAAUUACUAGAACAUUUGUACAAUUUCCCUAAAGAACAAAUCAAAUGGGUUGCUUGCAAUAACGAAUUGAACGCAGGUUAUGCUGCUGAUGGUUAUGCUUGUUUAAAUGGAUUUUCCUGUUUGAUCUCUACGUUUGGUGUUGGUGAACUAAGUGCUAUGAAUGCCAUUGCACAUGCUUUUGUUGAAAAUAGAAGUGUUUUGCAUAUAGUCGGUAUAUCUAAAACAAGACAGUAUAACAAGACUAGGUUAUAUACCAACAUUCAUCAUUUGCUUCCACCCAAAGAACAUUCUUAUGAGUUACAAGAUCAUAAGUCUUAUAUCAAGCUGGCUGAUGGUAUUAGUUGUUGUUCUGAGGUCCUUAGUACCGAUAGUGGUGAUUUGACUAAAGUUCAACAACAGAUUGACAAUGUUAUUGAACAGGUUUUUGUCCAAAUGAGGCCCGGUUAUUUAUUUAUCCCAAAUGAUAUUUCUGAAUUAGAAAUUGAUGUUGUGAUGAAACCGUUGAGAUUGACUAAAUUAGAGCAUGCUACUGAAAUUGAAUUGGCUACCUCCAAAAAAGUAGCGGAAUUAAUUCUAAAUAAAUUGUAUGCUGCUAAAAAUCCUGCUUUUAUUAUUGAUUCUUUAAUUAAAAAACACACUAAAGAAUUAAAUGCUUUUUUUCAAAAAUCCAACUUUUAUUGUUAUACAACUAAUCAGUCAAGAGGCGCUAUUGAUGAAACAUUACCAAAUUUCCAUGGUGUUUUUACUAAUCUAUUUGGUUCGAGCGGUACAUUGGAUAUUUUGAAAGAGGAAAAUGAUGUUAUCAUUCAUUUAGGUUCUUAUUUAAACGAAGUCUCAUUUAAAUAUAGUGAUAAAAAUACGGAAAAUAAAUCAUGGUUAAAAAAUGCAGAUAUCACCUUUGUCGGUAGGGAUUAUGCUGCGUUUGGUUUUAUUGAAAAUCAUGAUUUUAAGACUUCGAUGGACAAACCCCAUUUGUUUUAUCCAGAAAACGUUAAUUGUGAAAUUGUUUUGGAAGAGAUUUUGAAUAAAAUUGAUUACAUUAGAAUCCCCAAAGUGGCUAUCAGACCAUCUACUGCCAGUUAUAACAGUGGCUACGGUAUUAAAACGGUGGGGGAUAUUACUCAUGAUAAAUUAUCUGUAUAUACGAGUAAUAUAAUGUUGAAAGCAAAUGACGUUCUUGUGAAUGACAUGUGUUCGUUUGUUUUUGAAUUGGAAAAUGUUAGAUUUCCAAGUAAUAUCAAACAUGUUUCGGGCCCAUUUUAUGCCUCUAUUGGAUAUGCUCUUCCAGCCACUGUUGGUGUAUGUAUGGCUUUGAAAGAUAUGAAACAAGAUCGUAGAGUUAUUUUGAUUCAAAGUGAUGGUGCUGCUCAAAUGACCUUGCAAGAACUCUCUGCGUUCAUUAAAUAUGGGUUAACUCCGAUCAUCUACAUGAUAAAUAAUAGUGGUUAUACCAUAGAAAGAGCCAUUGAGGGACCAACUAGAGAUUAUAAUGAUAUCAUGGUUGAUUGGGACUGGCAAAAGAUGUUUAAUGUUUUUGGAGAUGCAAAGGGAGAGAAAAGUUGUGCAUUUAAGGUUAAAACUUUUGAAGAGUUGGGUAAGAUUGAUGUUGAUGAUGUUGAAAAUAAAAAUAAAGUUAAAUUAGUUGAAUUAAUCUUGGAUAAAUUUGAUUACCCAUCAAGGUUAAGAAAUGCGCUUGAUAGUUGUAAAUAG